AUGGCAACCGUUGAUAUCCUUCGACCAGCUCACUACGAGCCAUCAGCUGAUCUCCCUGCUCCCUACCCACCAUCUUCACAGUUCCCCUAUUCGCUCAGCAGAACAGACCAAACCUCUUCAAUAGACGAUGUUGUUUCCGAAAUCAAGAAGCUCACAGCCUCUGGUGAAAUCAGGUCGUUGCUGAACAAACACGGCGCAGUGUACUUCCAAAACCUCAACCUCAAAUCCGCAGAUGAGUUCUCCCAAUUCGCCCACGCCUUUGGCUUCGCACCGCACGAAGACAUUGGCAACCCAGUCCGCCGAACAGUUCUCGCUCCGAACGUAGCAACAGCAAACGAAGGCCCAAAAACCAUGCCAAUUUUUCCUCACAACGAGUUUGGACUAAGCCCACACUUUCCCUCUUAUGUAUUCUUCUACUGUGCUGAGGCCCCAGAGACUGGUUUGUUUCUACCCAACCUCUCCCCACCAACACCCCUCCCCCUUUUUAACCCCUAUCCAUCCCUCCUCCCGUUGUCCCCCAGCUGA